AUGGCUGAUGCUAGUGGUCCAGGCUGGGGAUGGAUCGCUUACUCGAGCGGCGUCACUGCCGCCAUUCUCCUCUCCGAUCUCUCUCAGGUGGAAAAAAGUGGUUGGGAGUGUAGAAGCCACAGAUCAAUACUCCCCAACAUCGCACUUUGGAAUCCUCUUUUGAAUAAACUCAGAUGGGUCGAGCAGGCCGCCGGGUGUAUCACGAGUAGUGAUUACUACGGGAUUGGAUACAACAACGGCGAUGGUAACUACAAGCUCGUGAGGUUUACUUGUCGUCCGUUUGAGGUUGAAGGUUUCGAGAAUGUACCAGAGGUUGAGAUUUACGAGUUUUGGAGAACCGUGGGCGGCAAGGUUGAUGUCGACGUGGAGAUCACGAGGAGGUGCGUGUCUGUGAUGGGUAACAUAUAUUGGGUUGCUUAUAGAUGUUGGAAAGAAGGUGAAAAGUUCAUUAGGGUUUUCGAUUUCUCGGAUGAAACGUUCAAGGACAUAUGCUUCUGUCCUCCCUCUUAUGGUGAUAAUAGUCACUUGUCUUGUUUCAAUGGAGAUAGCUUGUCGUUGCUGCAGCAAGACGAAGCGUCAAGGAAGAUUGAGGUGUGGGUUUCGAGCAAGUUGGGUGAUGGUGAGGUCUCGUUUAGCAAGUAUUUCAGUUUGUCCGGUCCUGAUCUUCCGGCGUUACAGGUCCAUGAUGAUAAGUAUCAUAUGGCGAAUCCUGUGUACUGCUUUGUGAAGCCUAAGAGGGUCACCGUCUGGUGCGUGGAAGUUGAAGGAGAAGGUACUGAUGAGGCUUGUACUUGCUGUACUCUUUAUGAGAUUGGUGAGGAUGGGGUGAAGAGUAAGAAGGUGACGGAACGGGACUACGUGCGUGACUACUCUCGCGCCUUUGUUUGUGGCUAUGUGUAUGUUCCAAGUAUGAUCCCUCUUCCAUGGAUAAGAGAUUAGGGUUUUUGUUUCUUGUUCACCAAGCGUUCGUUUUGUUCUUUCUUUGUUGAUCUUCUGCCAUGUAUAUCUUGAAAGGAACUAUGAUACUGAUGUGUUGUUCAGAAGUUAUUGAAUAUGACGUUGGUUUUGGUUUUUGUAUUACAAUCUUGAUCCAAGUUUUAGGUUA